AUGGAUGCAGUUACAACCCUUUCUCAACAGAUUGCAUCAAUCCAGAAUAUGAUUACUACCCAUUUUAGCAACAUGUCACUAGGACGAGAACAAACACAAGUUAAUAUGGUACAUAAACCACAAGCUUGGUUUGAAGUAUGUGGAGGUGGAGAUCACAGUGUUGAGGUACAUGUUAAUUUCCCUUUGAUUAAUGUGUUGCAAGAAAUUCCUAAGUAUGCCAAAAAUAUUAUGGAUUUGGUAGCCAAUAAGAGUAGAUUGAAUGAGUAUGCAACAGUAGCACUCACUGAGAAGUGCAAUUCGAGGAUCAAGAAUGGGCUGCCAACCAAGUUCAAAGAUUCAGUGAGUUUCACUAUUCAGAGGAAAAUUGGCAAAUGUGUUGAGGCAAGUGGUUUGUGUGAUUUAGGCGCAAGUAUCAAUUUCAUCCCUACUUCCAUGUUUAUCAAAUUGGGAAUAGGAAGGACCAAACCCAUAACCAUUAUUUUGCAAUUAGUUGAUCUUUCAGUGUCUAGGAACGAUGGCGUUAUCAAAGAUGUCUUGGUUCAACCUGAUCUCGAGGUCCCAUUUAUUUUUGGAUGCCCAUUCCUAGCAAUGGGAGAUGCAUUGGUUAAUCUGGCAGAAGGUAGACUAACAAUGAGGUCUCAUGACAAGGUCGAAGUAUUUGAUGUUUACAAGGAAAUAAAGUUUCCUGCAAUAUAUGAGAAGUUAUCGGCAAUCACAGUCAUUGCGAAAGACAUUGAGGGAGAUAUUGAAUACCAAGAGUUUGCUAACGUCCUAAAUGUCCCAAAUGUGAGUAUGCUUAUUAAGUUUGUGGAGCCAUUAAACAAAGUUGAGGGACCACCUUCCAAGCUGUCAAUUGGGAAAGCACCAAAGUUAGAAUUAUUUUGUGUCAAUGAAUCUUUACUCGUAAUCCUUUCUUCUGAUUUGUCAGAAUUGUAG